GCUGCGAAUGGGGUUUCUGGGUUUCGCAUUCGAUUGAGGGUCCCUGUUUCUUUUGCUGGCGUGGACGCCGUUUUCCGUCCAAAUGCUAAAAUGGGUCAGGUGCUGGUGAAGGUUUUCGGCUUCCGGUUCGAGAAAGUUUGUGUCUUUAGUUCAGUUCGUAUGUGGGGAUUCAAUCUUGAGGGAGAAUCACAGCUUUUGCCAAUGAGCUCUUCUUGAAAUCUGCGGAAUCCGAUGACAUUUUUCGGGUAGGUUUUCUUGUUAGUUCCCAAAUUCUUUCAUUCUUUUGUUUUUUUCUCCUCCUUUUGGGGUGGUGUGAAUUCUUUUGGUGCGGGCAUUGGCUUUUUGUGUUGUGGCUAAUUCUUUGUGUUGGUAUAGGAGCACUCAAUACUCAUACACAGUUUUCUUUCACCUUGUUCACUCAUCGGAUUCCUGUUUCUUCUGCUAUUUCACACACAUUCACCAUAGUCACACAGACCAAUAUAGCUGACAAAAAACAGAAAAAACACAAACGAAAGAAGCACCAUUCAUAAUCUUGUUAGAAAUAGAGAGAGAUAGGAGUUGAAAGGGAACAAAAGAAGACAGGAAGGUGGAUUGAAGCUGAAAAUCACAGAAAUAUUGGAAGGUGAUAGAGGAUGUUGGCUGGGUGCUCAAGUUCUACCUUGUUGUCACCAAGGCAUCGAUUAAGGAGUGAAUCAUCUGCAGUCGCACAGUUCCAAGCUUGCCAUUUCCAGUUGCCUUCAAUGAGCACCCAGAGAUUGGACUUGCCAUGUAGUUUUUCCAGGAAAGAGAACUCAAGACCUCAGUCCCUCAGGCCAGUCUCACUUUCCGUGGAGAAAUCAUCCAUUGAAGGAACCACCACUACUUGUUCUCUCAAGCAGCACAUCAGGCUGCCUCCAUUGGCAACCACUUCUCAGGGAUCAAUUGAAGCUAGGAGGGAGGUCAAAGGGGAGUUCUGGGAGAGAGGGAAGAGCUUGAAGAGGUUCGCCGAUCGCAGUUCCGUCGAUGAGUCCUGUGUCAGCAGGGCUAAGAGGAAAAGGCAUGGCAAUGCGAAUGAGAAACCUGAUUAUGUUUGUGAAGGGGGUGAGAACCUGAGCUUAGGCCAAUUGGGCGGAGGCAGCUUCUGGUUCCAGCCAAGUUUCAAUGCCUCUCCAAUCCCUUUCUCCAUCACGUGUUCCCCGAAUGAAGAGGAAAGAGUUCGUUUCGUUCCGAGCGAUAUCGUCUCCCCCCCUUUGCCGCCGUCGAACAGUCCUUGGGUGGAAUCCAUCGUGACCAAGAUCACAGACUUAGGCGAAAAGGAUGUCGAGGUCAGCCACGGGCCGGUGAAAGAAGAUUCGGGAUCAAGCACUUCGUCAGAGAGUCAGAGCUUGGCGCUUAGGCUAAACGAAAACAUACCGGGACACGGAGCAGGGAAUGGUUCGGGGAACCCAUAUCCACAUGAAGGUUUUAGUUUGGAAGCCAGCGAGGAGAAUCACCGUGGAGAGCACCAUGGAUUUGAGCUUGUUAGCCUUCUUACGGCAUGCGUAGAGGCGAUUGGGUCCAAGAAUAUUGCAGCGAUUAACCACUUCAUUGCUAAGUUGGGGGAUCUUGCCUCCCCGAGGGGAUUCGCUAUAAGUCGCGUGAUCGCUUACUACACUGAGGCUUUAGCGCUACGAGUCACAAGGCUGUGGCCUCAUGUUUUUCACAUCACCACCCCUCGGGAAGUUGAUCGGGUGGAUGAGGACUCCGGUACGGCAUUGCGGCUUUUGAACCAGGUUAGCCCUAUCCCCAAGUUCAUCCAUUUCACAUCGAAUGAGAUACUGUUGAGAGCAUUUGAAGGGAAAGACAGGGUUCACAUCAUUGAUUUCGACAUCAAGCAAGGACUUCAGUGGCCUAGUUUGUUUCAGAGUUUAGCCUCUCGGCCCAAUCCUCCUAGCCAUGUAAGGAUUACCGGCAUAGGCGAGUCUAAGCAGGACCUAGUUGAAACAGGAGACCGACUGGCCGUAUUUGCUGGUUCAUUCAACCUUCCUUUUGAGUUUCACCCAGUUGUUGAUCGGCUGGAAGACGUGAGGCUGUGGAUGCUUCAUGUAAAGGAGGGAGAGAGUGUCGCUGUGAACUGUGUAUGCCAAUUGCACAAGACGCUUUAUGAUGGCAGUGGAGGAGCACUCAGGGACUUUCUCAGAUUGAUACGAAGCACGAACCCGGUGGCUCUCCUAAUGGCGGAGCAAGAAGCCCAUCAUAAUACCAGCAGCUUGGAAGUGAGAGUCAUCAAUUCAUUGAGAUACUAUUCGGCAUUGUUUGACUCAGUUCAUUCGACCCUUCCACUGGAGAGCGGGGCCAGGGUUAAGAUAGAGGAGAUGUUCGCCCGGGAAAUCAGAAAUAUUGUUGCUUGUGAAGGAAGCGACAGAUUGGAAAGGCACCAGAGUUUUGAUGACUGGAGGAAAUUGAUGGAGCAAGGAGCAUUCCGUUGCUUGGGAGCUACCGAAAGAGAGAGAAUUCAAAGCCAGAUGCUGUUGAAGAUGUACGACGCCGAUGAGGAUUUUAUUGUCAGCGAGCGUGGGCAAGAUCAAGCAGCACUUACUCUGAGUUGGCAGGAUCAGCCUCUUUAUACAGUCUCAGCCUGGGCACCUGCUGAUGUUGCAGGCAGCUCAUCCUCCCCUUCUCAGCCGAAUUGAUCUCCGUGUCUUAUCACCAUGCAGAUCAUUAACAUCCAUUCUUUCCGCACAUAGAUGACUAUGAAAUUCUUUGUAGGUAGAGGAAGACUUGUCAUUCUUUCAUUCUUUUGCUGCAGAUAAGAUUUGUCUUCGGGAUAGGAGCAUUAUAUGAGUAGCU